AAAGCUGUAAGUAACUGGGGCUCUGACAGGGGACGGCAAAAGGACUUCCCUCUGGACCAUGAAUUAUGCACACUGGCUGUCUGCCUGAUCAGGCCAAAGUAAUCCAGCCUCCCUUUUGCAUGCUCUGCCCUCACCACCGCACAUUAUUCCCAGUGACCUGUUCUUUUCCUUAACUUCCCUGAAAAGCAGCUGUGAGGGAGAAGCUAUGGCUGCAGGAGGAUGUUAGGCUAAGAGGUGGAGAAACACAAUGUGGCUGUGAGACUUGGGGCUGGAUGAAGGCUGAAAGUGAAUGCAGCAACGUGCUGUCAGGUGGGAGUGCAGUGUUGGAGAAUGACAAGUCACCACGACGUUCAACAAGUCGAUCAAGUAACAUAUCAAAGGCCAGCAGUCCUACAACUGGAACAGCUCCCUGGAGCCAGCCACGUACAUCUGUUAGUCCUUCUACUCAGGAUAUCUGCAGGAUCUGCCACUGUGAAGGGGACGAUGACAGUCCACUCAUCACUCCUUGCCGAUGCAUUGGGACGCUGCGUUUCGUACACCAGGCCUGUCUGCACCAGUGGAUCAAGAGCUCUGACACACGCUGCUGUGAACUCUGUAAAUACGAUUUCAUAAUGGAGACAAAACUCAAACCGCUGCGUAAGUGGGAAAAACUGCAGAUGUCAACAAGUGAGCGGAGGAAGAUUAUCUGCUCUGUCACCUUCCACGUUGUUGCGAUCACCUGCGUAGUGUGGUCCUUGUACGUUCUGAUAGACCGGACAGCGGAGGAGAUCAAACAGGGUAACGACAAUGGUGUUCUAGAAUGGCCCUUUUGGACAAAAUUGGUGGUGGUAGCCAUUGGAUUUACAGGAGGUCUUGUCUUCAUGUAUGUGCAGUGUAAAGUCUACUUUCAACUAUGGCGAAGACUGAAAGCAUAUAACAGGGUGAUCUUUGUACAGAACUGCCCAGACAUUGGCAAGAAGAUUGGUGACAGGAACACUUCAAAUCGGCAGUGCUCUGACAACAGAGACAGUGUUACUGUGCCAGUGUCACAAACAGACACAACCUUACAGAGAGCACCAGAGGUACAGGUUGGUAUCCUUGAAGUUGCACCUGCGUGACGUCUUUCUGAAGUCCGUUUGAAGACCCAAGCAGUUUUUUUUGAAAUCCAUUCCUUUCACAAGUAUCAAAAUGUCAAUACUUACAACGGCACAGUCCUUCUCAGAAUCCUACCAGAAGUACAGAAAAUAAACAGGCACGGUCAGCAGAAAACCAACACGUCGCUGCCUGUGGAAGUGAACUAAGUAGUGGUGUAUUCCAUGGUGUUGGACAUGGUACAUGUAGUACACAAAGAAUGUGUGCAAUAUCCUACUUUGGAUUUUGUAGAGGGGAAGCACUUUUAAUUUUAUGGCAUUUAUGAUGAAACAUUUUGCUAUUGUUAGGCUCUGUUUCGAAAUGCUAAUCUUGGAAAACCAGUCUUUCAACAGUGUAAUAGUUAUGACUUAACACUCUGGACAUUUGAUCAGAGUUUUCUAAUGAGAUGUGUUGCUCAGAAUACACUGGCUGAUGAAGAAAAAGCAAGACUGGUAUUUCUUGUUCAUUUCUAACACACCAACGUCACCGUGGCUUAAGCCAGCAUUGAAUGUGCUGAAACCUUCAAGAAACACUCACCUUAAAGUUAUCACUACCGUUAGAUCGUUGCAUUUCUUUUUUGUUUUAAUUGUAUAAAUAUUAAAUGUUGACAUGGUCUGACAAAGUGCUAUCUGAGUCCAAACCAGAAAACCAAUCAAAAUCCACCUUUCGGAAAUACCACAACUAAUUUAACAAUGUUAAGGUCCCAAGAAACCCGUGUGGAUUCAUAAUCCUCAACCUUUAUGCAAGAUGGACAUGUUUUAAAGAAAGCCAGACUUUAAUCAGAAAAAUGUAUAUCGUGAUUCUUGAUUAGUAGGGUGUCAGAGGUUAUAGGGGAAGGCGGGGGAAUGGGGUUGAGAGGGAAAGAUAGACAGAUCAGCCAUGAUUGAAUGGCGGAGGAGACGUGAUGGGCCAAAUGGCCUAAUUCUGCUCCUAUCACUAUCCCUAUGAACAUGAUAAUCCAUCAAUGCCAGGAAUUGAAGAGUUGAAACUUGUGCUCUCCGUCAAUAGGCAGCUGUUGCGGUGAAACAACUAGUUCACUCUAGCACCGGGCGAUGAGCAAAGUGAAGUUAUGAUGCUGUAUAGUUCUAACAUGGGUACUAUAAUGUGGAACUUCCCAGAGGAUUCAGAAUAUGCAAAGCUUGUGGCCCAACACAAAUAAAUCACUGCCCUUGUUCAAAGUGAUAAUUUCAAUAAAGUACAUUUUGACGUUAGUCAUUGUCACACUAAAUUUCUAUAGACUGUGAAUUCAUCAAUCUGUCUCCAACCCCUAGAUUUUCAAACAUUUUCCCAUGCAUCACCAAAGAGUUUCCUGGCCCUGUAUUAAUACUGUAUUGAAAUUGGAUUGAGCAUCUGUUGCAAGUGGGAGUUUAUGCUUCGUUGACUUGUCUAAUCUAUUUGGUGUUAGAAAGGGGUAUCAAAUGUGGUACAAGAAAAUCAAAGCUUUCACCGUUAUUUAGUAGAUGUGCUUUUAAAGAAAAGGAUGGCCUUUACGAUAUUGAGCCGAAAUACAGAAUGUCAGCUGACACUUUUUACAUAAUUCAAUGUUUCAAACUUCAUAAUCAUUCUACUUAAUCUCAUUGCUGUACGAGGAAAUAUUUUGGCACAAUAAUGAAAUGAAUGUAUAUCCUAGAGCUCAUCCAAUAUUAUUAUAGAAUUAAAACCAUGGAAGUCUUGUA